UGGGCAGAUCACCCUGAUGGCUCUCAGCGUCUCGUUUCUCAUGUUUCCUAGCUGCUUCCCAGUCUCCUUUACAUGGCGUAAUCAAGGUAUGAGAAGGGUACCUGAAGAUCAUUCGAGCUAAGCAGCUUUAUAGAAGGAGGAAAGCUCCUCUUCUGUGGUGUCGCUCACAGGCCCGGGGCUGCCCCCGGGCCUCUGCUGGGUCCCUGAUGGCGACAAGUCACAAAACAAAUGGAUGAGAGGCAGGAAACAGAGUGAGAACUCCCCAGAACGGCGUGACUGGCACACUCCCCAGUUCACAUCCUGUGUAAGGAGGACGUGGGCCUGGGAGAUGAGCACGUGCAGUCAGCUCAAAGCUGACUGGCAACAUACGUGAGGGGACACCACAGAGUCCGCGUGAAAGGGGAAGUCAACAUUGGCACUUAUUUCGGUGCAAAAUUAUUUUGAAAUUCACGUGGGUUUCCUUUUUGUCAUAGUAUGCAUUUUGCACAUAUUAUGGAAAAGGUGGAGGUGGGAACCAUUGUUGGUGCAGUAGAUGAAGCCACUGCCUGGCAACACUAGUGGGAGUUCCAGCUACUUUCAUUGCUGCUUUCUGCUGUGAUCUCUGGGAAAACAGCACAGGACGGCCCAAAGAGCUGGGCCUGGGCCUCCCUGUGGGUGGCCAGGGUGAACUCCGGGCCUGGCUUUGUCCAGGGAGCUCCAGCUGCCACAGUUAUUGGGACAUAGACCAAGAGCUGCACGGUCUCGCUCUGUGUCUCCCUGUAACUGUGCCUUUCAAGGGAGAAUAAAUAUUUGAGGGGGAAAAAAUGCACCAUAAGAAACUCACAGUUUUAAAUUCCUUUUUUCCACAGAUUUUUUUAAAAAUUCCUUUCAUGUUCGUAAUUAUGUCACAGCAAAAACCUGAAAGAGCCGUGGCAGAUUUGUCAGGAGAGAGCUUUGGGAUUACUGAUAUGGUUUUCACAAAACCCUUGGGAUUUCUUGGAUCCGAGUCGCAGCGGAAGUCCCAUCAUGAAUUUUCCUUAAAAUAGGUGCGUGUUUUUACAAGUUUGACUGAAGUGAAAUCAGUCUUACGAUGCAAUUUUCACUAACCCUAAAAAAAAAAAAAAUGCCAGGUGAAAAGGGGUCUGUAGUCUUCUUCCAGCUCUGAGUUAAUUUUAACUGCUGACUGUUCAGCAGGGAAAGUUUAAAUACGGAAGUGGGCGGGAGAGAAUGAGUCACCCUUGGUAACAUGAUCUGAAGCGGUUAGGAAACAGCCCAGUGGCAGCAGGAGCUCGCUCUGUCUGGUCACUCUGCUGCAGGGUCCCGGCUCUGUACUCGAACCAUGGUGAAAGGAGGAAAGCUUUAGGACCGAGAAGCCAGCCUGCACUUGGGAUGAUGCCGCCAGCCAGCGAGUAUAGACCAGAGACAAAUGAAGAGAAACUGCACAAAAUAGCUAAUGAGCUGUUGCUCACAGAGAGAGCUUACGUCAGCCGGCUUGAACUCUUGGAUCAGGUAUUCUACUGCAAGCUCUUAGAAGAAGCAAACCAAGGCUCGUUUCCAGCAGAGAUGGUGAAUAAAAUCUUUUCCAAUAUUUCAUCAAUAAAUGCCUUCCAUAGUAAAUUCCUAUUACCAGAGCUGGAGAAACGGAUGCAAGAAUGGGAAACGACCCCCCGCAUUGGGGACAUCCUUCAGAAGCUGGCGCCGUUCCUCAAGAUGUACGGAGAAUACGUGAAGGGAUUUGACAACGCGAUGGAAUUGGUUAAGAACAUGACAGAACGUGUUCCUCAGUUCAAAGCAGUGAUUGAAGAGAUCCAGAAGCAGAAGGUGUGCGGGAACCUGACGCUGCAGCAUCACAUGCUGGAACCCGUGCAGCGGAUCCCCCGCUAUGAGCUGCUCCUGAAGGACUACCUCAGGAAGCUGCCCCCAGGCUCGCCCGACUGGAACGACGCGAAAAAAUCACUUGAAAUUAUAUCGACAGCAGCAAGCCAUUCUAAUAGUGCAAUAAGAAAAAUGGAAAACCUAAAGAAACUCUUAGAGAUUUAUGAAAUGUUGGGAGAAGAAGAAGACAUCGUAAAUCCUUCAAAUGAACUCAUAAAAGAAGGACAGAUCCUCAAGUUAGCUGCUCGGAACACAUCGGCACAAGAACGCUACCUUUUCUUGUUCAACAACAUGCUGCUCUACUGCGUGCCCAGAUUCAGCCUGGUAGGCUCCAAAUUCACAGUCCGAACCAGGGUCGGCAUCGACGGGAUGAAAAUCGUGGAGACGCACAACGAAGAAUACCCACACACGUUCCAGGUGUCCGGGAAGGAGCGCACACUGGAACUUCAGGCCAGUUCUGAGCAAGACAAAGAGGAAUGGAUCAAGGCCCUGCAGGAGACUAUUGAUGCUUUUCAUCAAAGGAACGAAACCUUCAGAAAUGCAAUUGCAAAGGAUAAUGAUAUGCAAUCGGAGGUUUCUACUGCCGAGCUGGGGAAGAGAGCACCCAGAUGGAUCCGAGAUAACGAAGUAACCAUGUGCAUGAAAUGCAAAGAGUCAUUCAACGCGCUGACGCGGCGGCGGCAUCACUGUCGAGCCUGUGGACACGUGGUUUGCUGGAAGUGCUCCGAUUACAAAGCUCAGCUCGAGUACGACGGUGGGAAACUAAGCAAAGUCUGUAAAGACUGCUACCUCAUCAUAAGCGGGUUCACAGACAGUGAGGAAAAGAAGAGGAAAGGAAUCCUAGAGAUUGAAUCUGCUGAAGUGUCAGGAAACAGCGUGGUGUGCAGCUUUCUUCAGUACAUGGAGAAGUCAAAGCCCUGGCAGAAAGCUUGGUGUGUCAUCCCCAAGCAAGACCCUCUCGUGCUGUAUAUGUACGGCGCCCCUCAGGAUGUCCGAGCACAGACCACCAUCCCCCUGCUGGGCUACUCCGUGGAUGACAUGCCGAGGAGCGCAGACCUGCCACACAGCUUCAAGCUGACCCAGUCCAAGUCUGUGCACAGUUUUGCUGCUGAUAGUGAGGAACUGAAACAGAAGUGGCUAAAAAUCAUCCUCUUAGCUGUCACAGGUGAGACUGCCGAUGGUCCCAGUGAGCACGUGGCCACCGUGGAUGACCAUCCUGAACCUAAGAGAAAGUCUGAGUGCUGAACGCCAGGCCAGCCCCGCAUGCAGAGGCUGAAGACAUUCCCAGCUCUCCUUCCUCAUCUCCUAGCACUUUAUGUUGAAAACAGACUCAUCAAUGCACCUUUGGGCGACUAUUUUCCUAUAUUGAUGUAUUCUUGAAGUUACUGUGUAGAACCAUUCUCCUGAUAAAGUUUUGAAAUAAUGUGAAAAUGCAAUUUUUAUGAGCUAUCUCUUGAUUAUGUCCUUUUGUCUUGAAGGAAAUGGUAUCAAUAUAUUACACCACUACCAAGUUAGAAUGACCCACUUUCACGUUGUCUUUCACACAUAGGACCUAUGAGAAAGAUAUACCUCUAUGUUGCCAAAAUAGAUCUAUGGUGAAAAAUACAGGGACAGUUUAGGCUGUUGUAUUAACUUAUUUAGUUUAUGAAGCUCAAGCUGCAUAGAAGACAUUGUUAUUUUAAAACAAAAAAAGGACAAACUGUUGGUAUUUAAACUUGCAACUUAGUAGCAUAAGAUAUUGUCUUAGUAUUUCUAGAAAAACAUGUGAAGUACAUAAUUCUGUGUAUAUAACAUUAAAUCAGCAUAUAUAUGUAUAUCAUACAUGCUGUUCUCAGCUUUAGGUCACAAUUAUCUAUAUAUUUUUUAAUAUAAAGCAUGUUUCAUCUUGAGACUGGGCAGUGUACCAAAUUGAAAUGUUCUUGGUGAUGGCGUUGAAUGAUGUUGACCCUUUCAUAAAGCAGUAACUUACAUGACAUGGAUAUUUCACUGAACUCCAACAGGAUUUUCAGGGUGCUGUAUGUCUAUUAUAUGUCUAAAAACAGUGCCUCUCUUAGAAGGUGCUAUGAACACCUGUUAAAAUAAUUUCACACGCGGGUCUAAUACCGCUUCAGUCUGGAUUAUUCUGAACAGCAGUUGCAUUUUGGCUGCUGGGAUGCUCAGAGUCCAUGGAUUUUGUUACCAGUCACAAUCCUAUAAUCAUUGCAGUACUUACCAGCAUGAACAAAUUUUCACCAAAACCUGAACUCUGAGCCAUACACGCCGACUAGACACAUGGCCUAUCUGCGUGUGUGGUAAGGGUUUCCAUUUCAAGGACUGCUUGUCAUGAACACGCACUGCGUGGGGCUUGUUCCACUGUGGAAAGCUGAACGAGAGCCACGCGUGUCAACUGUGCUUAGAGUUCGGCAGGCAGUGUAGAUAGCAAAGGAAAGAUGUUCCUCCCCCUCCCUCCGGGCAGCCUUCUGCAGUGUCCAUGGGCCUAAAGACAAUGCUUUCUCCUUUUAACCUCGGGCAUUUUCCUGUACAGUCUGUUGUCAUGAAGGCUGCUCUUCACAUUGUACUUGGGCUACAGUGCCACAUUAGGUCAAUGAUCCGACUUAAUCCUUUGCUCACAUCUGUCCCUUCACAUGACCCCAGUCAGCUGGAAAUCCACAAGAAUGACCCUACUCCUAUAGCAGAAAUGUCCGUGUAUCCAGCAUUACACACUGCCACACAUUUCACUAGCCUCUAUCACUUGAGCACUUACUGCUUUUUUUCCACUCCAGAAAAAGCAAGUGGACCAAUUACUGCUGGCAACAUUAGUGUCCUGUUGUCCAGAAAGGCAUAUUAACAUUAAACCAAAUACCUGAGCCAAAAGGAGACAGAGGAGUUCUGUCAAAUUGAGCAGACUUAGAGAAACCUUACACUGCUUCUCUUUUCGACUUGCCGACCUUCUGUGUGUGUGUGUGGGCACUUGUGUGACACACUCCUGUGUUCAGAAGGCUUGAGAAAGUUAAAGUAUAGCUACCCAUAAUGCUUUGGUUUUCUUAAUGUCAAGAAAAGAGAAGCAACAAAAAUGUAAAAUGAAAAGAAUUUGGAAAUAUGUGGGCUAAGAUUUAUGAGUGAUCACUUUUUAAAACUAUUUGAACAUCAAAAAUAUACCUUCCUUACCAUUAACAGAACUAGUACGGACAGGCUCACAUUUUGGCUCAACAAAUGUGAUUUAACUUAGUAAAUAUUCAAAUGAAAAUAUUGUACUUUUUUUUUAAAGAAAAAGUAAUGUUAAAAGACAUAUUUGAAAGGCAGAGAGGAAGGGAGAAAGUGGUCCUUCAUUAGUUUAUUCCCCAAAAGGCUACCUGAGCUGGGGGCUGUGCCAGGGAGAAGCCAGGCACUGCCCCGCAGGCUCCUUCACCCAUUGCUUCCCAAGCACAUAGCAGGAAACGACCAGCAGGAGCAGCAGCCAGGACUCUGCCUUGCUCUUCAAUGUGGGUGUGAGUGUCCAAGUAGCAACUUCACUCGCCGCUGCACCACAAUUUCCACUUAGCAACUUUUUAUAAAAGAAAUAAUAGUACUCGAAUAGAGUGUCACGUUCCCCAGUCAGCAUGUUCAUUUUCCAGCCCACAUCCUCAGCCAUGCACCGUGAGCAAGGAACUGCCUCCUCCACUUCCCUUGGUGAAUUGCUAAUACCUUCACUUGGACAGAGGUAACAAAACACUCAACCCAAAGAACCGCUAAUCAGGAUAGAAGGCAGCGCCGUUGCUUUCUAAGAUACCUGAGCAGUCACGGCAACUUGAACCUUGAAAACGACCAUCAGUUGCUCUCCUGCCAAAAUCAGCAUUCCCAGCGCUUGUCCCUUAUGUGCUGCCGAGUCACGUUUUCUUUGAAGUCCCUUUCCUCCAUACUCGAAAAAUAUUUUUGCUAUUUACAAAACAAUGCAAUUUUCUAAACUUAAACUUUGCUUUCAUGGAAAAUCAACCUUUUGUGCAAACUUUUCAACUAGGAAAAAUGCCACCAGCCACUUUGGUAAUCAUGAAAUUGUUAAUGCCACUGUACAUGCAAGCAAUAAAACUAUUCAGGGCAUGGUUUACACUGAACCCUAGCCACACAAACAUACAGAAUUGCUUCAUAGUAUAAUGCAAUUGCUGAAUACAGGGGAGGCGACUGGAAGGCAGGAGGGUAUCGAAUAACUGUCAACAGCAUUUUACUUCUGCAGUCUUUGCAGACAGAAGCAAAGCUUACCAGCACCAUCUCAUCAAGCUACCUGUGGUUUAAAUAGACACGCAGCUUGAUCCUGAAUUGUUACUAUGUUACCCCCAUUUUUUAAAGUAACCUUUUUAUAGCAACCAGUCUUUUAAAGGUACCAUGUCUACACACACACACACACACACUCUCUCUCUCGCUCGCUCUCCUUCAUAAGAACAGUAAGUAGUACUUCAGGGUUAUUGAAGAUUUAUUGAUGCCUUCCAAAAAUCUAUCAAAACCACUUUGCAAGCUCAGUUCUUUUUUCUCUCUAUGGAAACAGGGUAUGGGAUAUGAUUUUGGUUUUCCUUCACAUUUUUUUCCCCCGUUUCUAAGCCUGAGUUCUUAUUCUGAGCCUGCUGUCUGUGAUGUAUCUCUGAUGAGCCUCUGGACAAUGUUUCCUGAGAAACAUGCACCAACAGGAGCAAGAAAGCCUUCAGGGAAGAAGCCUGGUUUUUGUUCAAGUAUCCUUGCUAUAAUGCAGAACAGAGGAUGUAAAAAGUCCUGCAUCACAUGAUGUUCCUGUUCGCAGGUCUAAGACUAAGCACAUGGUAUUUAUAAACUAAGAGUAAUUCAGAAUACAAGGAUGUUUUAGUGUUUAAGUUUUGUCUUAUCCAAGAGUGUACUCGUGUAAGAACUGUGGCUGAUCAAUUCCCAUACUUAGAAUUGUAUUGGCAUCUAGAGACCAUUAUUGUUAUUUAUUCUUUAUUCUUACUCAAUUUUUAUUCAUACAACUCUAUUUUCAUACUACUAUGUGCUAUGGGUUCUAUAUCUGUGGAAAUUAUGAUUAUUAUAAUACCAUAGUAGACACUAAGUCUACAUCAAAAACCUUGUGUAUUUGGGUGUGUAUAUAUGUAGAAAUACUUUUCAAUUCUUUCCAUGAGUGAAAAUUUUAUAGAAUUUUUUAAACGUAAAUAUUUUACCAGAAUUUACCAGAACUUGAAAUGUGUCAUCUUCCCUUUGCCACUCGCAUGUACUCAGUUGUGGGCUUGGAUUUUUUCUGUCUCACGCCUCUAUCUGCCAGAGAGGGGGACACAAUGCUGCUGUCUAGGGCAGAACAAGAGCAAGACAAGACCUGCAGAUGCGAAAAGCAAGUGCACUCUAAGCAGGAAUCUAUGGAGCUUUAAGCUAUUUGAGCUAUCUUGGCCUCUAAAUUAUAGAAUACAGCAUCUGCCAUUACCUUCCUCUCCUACUUUGGGUUUAAGAAAACAAUUUCAUUCUCUUAUACCAUAUUCUAUUCAUUUGACGGAAGCAGAAAAGCCUCUCUGAAGUGAGUUCUUGGUCAGUUACGGACGAGGCAUUCGAGGGCGCUGCCUGCCUGGGUGUGCAAUAGCACAGGGUGUCUUCACGAUUGUUUCUGACUUGGAGUCACUGACAGUUAUGGGGAGGUUUGCCCUUUGCCUAUAGUUGUGGUAGAUGUAGUGAGAAGAUCAAGACAUCUCACUGGGUAUUUUACUAAUAGAAUAGUAAAUAUAUAGAGUGAAAUCGUUUGGGGAAGAAUUGGUCUGUGGGGACUGUUAGCAUCACCGGACUACAUUAUGCAUUACUCUGUCAUUAGCAAAACAAUCGUAUCUGUGAAAUAUCCAACUUUAUAACCAAAUUAGCAUUUCAUGUUGUGACAAUUGACUGGUAAGUGCUAUCUAGGUUUUUCCU